AUGACCAAUCUCACUGGUGCAUUGCCUGAGAGCUUGUUUAACCUAUCUGCUCUUCAGUUUUUGAGCUUUGAGAUGAAUCAACUCACAAGGCAUCUCCCUAAAGAUGCUGGCCGCUUCCUGCUUAAUCUAAAGGAACUCUACUUGGGUGCAAACAACUUUGAUGCCCCUUUUCCACCUUCUUUUUCAAAUGCUACUAGUCUCCAAAUUUUUACUGCAGAAGACAAUAAAUUUAGUGGUCCUAUACCGUUAGAAUUAGGGAGUCUAACACAACUCAGAAGGCUCUGUCUUUGGGGAAAUUUGUUCACCAAUGCCCCUGGCAGUCGUGAGCUUUCCAUUCUCACAUCCUUCACCAAGUGUCGAAUGGUAAAAGAAUUUUAUCUCUCAAAAAACCAUCUAAACAGUAUUCUUCCUGCCUCCAUUGGAAACCUCACAACCACCUUGUGGAACCUUGACCUUUCUUUUAAUGAGAUUGAGGGUACUAUCCCAUUAGCUUUACCCAACUUGACAAAGUUGAUGUCCUUAGACUUGAGUUUCAACAAAAUAAAGGGGUCUAUUCCACCAAAUAUGGGAUCAAUGGAAAAGUUACAGGAAUUGACUCGUUCUGGCAAUGCCUUAGAAGGUUCAAUUCCAAACUCACUUUACCAAUUGGUCUACAUGGGUAUUCUUUAUUUGGACAAUAAUGCACUAAGUGGGUCAAUCUCAACCUCUAUAAACAAUCUCACGAAUCUACAGAAGUUGAACUUAAAUUCAAACAGUUUCUCAUCAGCACUUCCUCCUGCCCUUUGUGAGUUGAAGGAUUUGAUAUGGCUUUACUUGCAAGACAACUCUUUCACUGGUCUCCUGCCUUUAGAUGUGGGAAAUUUGGUUGCAGUGGACAAAAUGGAUAUCUCUGUAAACCAGUUGAGCAGAGAGCUGCCUGUGUCCUUAUCAGAGCUCCAAAGGCUAGAGUAUUUGAAUCUCUCCAAAAAUUCAUUUGAUGGCCACAUUCCCGGAAACCUUGAUGGUAUGGUCAACAGGCCUAAGGUGAGUGCUCAAGGAUUAAGCACACCUCGGGAAGUGGUACCAAGCGAAGAAGAAAAGAAGAUAAUGCCUCAAACGGAGGAAUUUGAAGCGAUGGCUGUUAUCAAUCCCAAUGCUGUUGUGGCCCACAACAAGCAAAGGCUACCCGUCUUUGUGGCUCUAACAGAUCCCUGA